GCCCUGCGCCCGCCCUUGCUAGCAGGCGCCUCCCGCCCCCCGCAUUGCUGAUGCUGCUGCUGGCAGACAUGGACGUGGUGAAUCAGUUGGUGGCUGGGGGUCAGUUCCGAGUGGUCAAGGAGCCCCUUGGCUUCGUGAAAGUGCUGCAAUGGGUCUUUGCUAUCUUCGCCUUUGCCACAUGCGGCAGUUACAGUGGGGAGCUCCGGCUGAGCGUGGAGUGUGCCAACAAGACUGAGAGUGACCUCAGCAUCGAGGUGGAAUUCGAGUACCCCUUCAGGCUGCACCAAGUGUACUUUGAUGCACCCACUUGCCGAGGAGGUACCACCAAAGUCUUCCUGGUAGGCGACUACUCGUCAUCAGCUGAGUUCUUUGUCACGGUGGCUGUGUUUGCCUUCCUGUACUCCAUGGGGGCUCUGGCUACCUACAUCUUUCUGCAGAACAAGUACCGAGAGAACAACAAAGGUCCCAUGAUGGACUUCCUGGCCACUGCAGUGUUCGCCUUCAUGUGGCUGGUUAGCUCAUCAGCAUGGGCUAAGGGGUUGUCAGACGUGAAGACAGCCACUGACCCAGAAAACAUUAUCAAGGAGAUGGUUAUCUGCCGCCAGGCAGGGACUACCUGCAAGGAGCUGAGGGACCCUGUGACCUCUGGCCUCAACACCUCAGUGGUGUUCGGCUUCCUGAACCUGGUGCUUUGGGUGGGCAACCUGUGGUUCGUGUUCAAGGAGACAGGCUGGGCCGCUCCAUUCCUGCGCGCUCCUCCCGGCGCCCCCGAAAAGCAACCCGCGCCUGGGGAUGCCUACGGCGAUGCGGGCUAUGGGCAGGGCCCCGGCGGGUACGGGCCCCAGGACUCCUACGGGCCCCAGGGCGGCUACCAGCCCGACUACGGGCAGCCUGCGACCGGCGGUGGCGGUGGCUACGGGCCUCAGGGCGACUAUGGGCAACAAGGCUACGGCCCUCAGGGUGCGCCCACCUCCUUCUCCAAUCAGAUGUAGUCUGGACAAUGCACCCCUGGAGGACCCCACGGGUAGGCAAGAGCUCAGGAGAAGGCCUGCCCUCCUUUCCCACCCCUAGACCCCAGGUCUCCACCCCUCAAAUCAGGAGGCCCUUAACUGUCUUUGCUGUUUAUAUAUAUAUAUUAUAUAUAAAUAUUUAUCUGUCUCUGCCCUGCCCCCACUCCACUCCCCUCGUGCAUUAGGGACUGAUCUUGUGUGAGACCUACUCUUAUCCCAAACUCUGUCCCUUUUUCCCUUGGCCCCUCUCUGUUCCCUGGCCCUGAGCCCUAAGGUUGGGAGACUCCGAAAGGGGGGGGACAUGGAGCAGAGACCUGGGGGACGUCGGGGAGGGCUUGACUGGAGACUUCCUCUUUGCAACUCUGGCCUUGAUUCUUGCAAUGCCGAAACAGGGGCCAAGAGAAGAAAUUUAACUCUGAGAUUGGAAGAAAAGCAGAGAUUGGGGGUCUUGUGACCCAAGGAGAUCUUGGAGCAAAGGGACUAGCGAUCAGAGUGGACAGGGCCCUGGACAUACUGAAGUUAGAGUUUAAAGAAGGAGGAUGCCCUGGAGCAUGCAUUUUGGAACAAGUUUGGAAAGAGACUGAGGAUAUGGUUCUAAGGGGGGUAGCUUUGAAUGAAACAUUAGGUGGGCCCCAAAGUGGGCAGGGAUUGGAGUAGGAUGAGUUGUAGCUUGGGGCUUGGACAUAGGGUUCAGAGGAAGGCUGAAGCUUGGUUCUAGAAGGGGUCGAGCUUGAACCAGUGUGUGGGUGAGGUUUCUGAGUGGAUAAUUCUGGGAUGGUUACCAGAGUCUGUGAGAGGGGUAUGGCUUGGCACCUCUGGAAGACUGAGUUGAAUUCGAAAGCAGGAUGAUGUUGGGCCAGGCCAAGAAGUAGGAUUAAAGAAUGGGCCAAGGUUGGCUAAGGUUGUGGUCAUCUAGAAAGAUGGGGUCGAACUCAGCGUGGGGAUAUCCAUGACCUUUUCAGAUGGGGCAACCCACCCUGCAUGAAAUCCUGAAAAAAAGAACAGUUUGAAAGAAGCAGGUCUGUGUUGGGGAGAUGGCUCAAAGAGCUGGAAUGUGUGCUUUGCAUGGUGGAGCCCCAGGUUCCAUCCUUGUCACCUCAUGGUCUUCUAGGUACCUCCAGGUGUAGGCCUCCUCUGCCCCCAACAAAAAGGGAGAUGGAUUUGGUAGUAAGAGACUAAACAGACUCAGCUUGGGGCUGCAGGAUGGAUUUUGUUGUGGGUGGAGGGGUGAAUCACUGGCUGAGGCUGAGACAGCCCAGGAAGACCCCAGGAGUAUGGCUUUGAACAUUAGGGAUGGGAUCCAGAGACAAGUGCUACCCACACACGCCCUUGCCCACCUCAGAAACAGGACAGAUAGGUAAUCAGAGGACAGAGUCAAUAGAUCUAGGGGGCCUGCCCACCCCUCUUCUUCCCUUGCCUCCUCCCUUCCCUCCAUACCCCCAGCCCCAAUCAGGGGUGUUUGGAGGCCUGGUCUGGAGCCCCCUAUCCUGCACCAACCUCUGCUGUGUCUGUGACGUUGGUAGUGCCAGUGAUCGUGCGUUGCCAUUUUGUCUGGCUGUGGCCCUGCCCCCUCCCUCCAGACCUCCCCCCUUGCCUCUCCCCUGCCCUUUGGUAUUGUUUGAAGACUCCCCUCCUGCAGGAAGAACAAAUCUGAUCAACUCUCCUUCCCGAAAUAAACUCCUUAACCACCUAGA